AUGAAAGACACAGACAUUUUCAAGAGGGAAGAUGUUGUUCCUUCUAGUGUUCCUGGUGAAGAAAAUAGUGACUCUGAGCUGCCCUGCAAUGUAAUAAUCAAAUUCUACCAGCACAUCCUUGCCUUGGUCUUUGCUGUGAAGGAGAUCAAUGAGGACUCCCAGAUCUUACCUAACGUCACUCUUGGGUUCCACAUCUAUGACAGUUACUUCAAUUCAAGGAUGACCUAUCGCACCACCUUGGACCUGCUUUUCAAAUCGCAGGAAUUUAUCCCUAACUACAAUUGUGAUCACCAGAAGAAUCUCAUGGCUAUCAUUGGGGGACUGGAUUUUGUCACAUCAUCUUAUAUAGCUGAAAUUACAGGAUUCUUCAAGAUUCCACAGACAGAAACCAGGAAUCCUCAUAUCAUUUCAGAUCCUCCAGUGUUUCAAGACUUCUUUUCUGAAACAUUCUCUCUGAUCCUCGUCCAGCCUUCAAACUCUCACAGCUCUUCAGAAAACUUUCCUGGUUCUGUCAUCACUGAAACUAUGCCUCAGAAGUGGAAGUGUGGACAGCUGAACACAGAUCUCCGCCUGGGUCUUGCAUCUGUUGGAGAAUCAAGAGUCAGAUGUCAGAUCACCCAGGAAAAGCUUGUAAUAAUCAAAUUCUACCAGCACAUCCUUGCCUUGGCCUUUGCUGUGAAGGAGAUCAAUGAGGACUCCCAGAUCUUACCUAACGUCACUCUUGGGUUCCACAUCUAUGACAGUUACUACAAUUCAAGGAUGACCUAUCGCACCACUCUGGACCUCCUUUUCAAAUCCCAGGAAUUUAUUCCUAACUACAAAUGUGAUAACCAGAAGAAUCUCAUGGCUGUCAUUGGGGGACUGGAUUUUGUCACAUCAUCUUAUAUAGCUGAAAUUGUAGGAUUCUUCAAGAUUCCACAACUGACAUACGGCUCAUUAGCCCAAGAGUUAUUUCAGACCAAUAAGCUCUCUUCACUUUAUUUCAUGGUCCCCAAAGAGGAUCAUCAGUACAUCGGGAUCAUCCAACUGCUUCAUCAUUUCAAGUGGACGUGGAUUGGGAUAUUUUCUGUUGAUAACAACAAUGGAGAAAAUUUCUUACAGAAAAUGCAGCCCUUAUUUUCACAGAAUGGAAUCUGUUCGGCGUUUAUAGAAAGGCUUCCUCAACAACUCCACUUUGAAAGAUUCUCAGAACUUUCUCAAAUGAUCUCCAUUAUUUUUCUUAAUAUGAUGAAUAGUAAAGCAAAUGUGUUUCUUGUCUAUGGUGAAGCUUGUAUAAUUACAUGGCUAAGAUUUAUAACAUUUGUGGUAGAUCCUGAAAACAAGGAAGCUACAUUAUUAAGAAAGGUGUGGAUCAUGACUGCACAGAUUGAUUUUGUACUGUCAGGCAUUCAAAUCAUGUUGGAUCUGAAGAUGUUCCAUGGGGCUAUUUCCUUCACUGUUCAUUCAACAGCAGUUGUAGGUUUCAAGGAGUUUCUUCGGACCAUAAAUCCUCUUUCAGGCUACAGAGAUGGGUUUCGGCAGAACGUUUGGGAACAAUCAUUUGAUUGUUCAUUUCUAAAACCAGAGUUACAAGAAAUGCAGAGUAGAAAAUGCACUCGGGAGAUGAAGCUGGAGGAUCUUCCUGCACCUAUAUUUGAAAUGGAAAUGACUGGCCAAAGCUACAGUGUCUACAAUGCUGUUUAUGCUGUGGCUCAUGCUUUGCAGGCUCUACACAUGUUGGGGUUCAAUAGGAAGAAAACUAUGAUGAGUAAAAAGACUGAUCUUCUACAUCUGCAGUCUUGGCAGGUUCCUCCACUUUCUCGAUGCAAUGACCCCUGUUUCCCUGGAUCCUGGAAGAAAGGGAUCGAGGGGGAUCAGUUCUGCUGCUAUGACUGUUUUCCAUGCCCAGAAAGGAAAAUUUCAAAUCAAAAUGAUAUGGAAGAUUGCUUUGAAUGUCCAGAAGAUCAUUAUCCAAAUAAAGAAAAGAAUGGAUGUAUCCUGAAACUGCUGGUUUUUCUAACUUUUGAAGAAACCUUAGGAAUUGGUUCAGCCUCAGCAGCCCUUUUUUUCUUCUUCUUGACAUCAUGGGUCCUUGGAACUUUUAUUAAGUACAGGGAUACUCCCAUUGUCAAAGCCAACAACCGGUCCCUCACCUACACUCUGCUUGUCUGUCUUCUGCUCUGUUUUCUCUCCUCUUUGCUCUUCCUCAGCCAACCUGGAGAAGUCACCUGCCUUCUCCGACAAUCAAUGUUUGGCAUCACUUUCUCAGUGGCCAUUUCGAGUAUACUGGCCAAAACCAUCACUGUGGUUGUGGCUUUCAUGGCCACUAAACCAGGAUCUCAGGUGAGGAGAUGGGUGGGGAAAAGAUUGGCCUUUUCUAUUGUUUUUUUAUGCUCCAUCAUCCAAGUAUUUAUUUGUAUUCUUUGGUUGUCGACAUUUCCCCCAUUCCCUGAGUUGGAUAUGCACUCAGAGCUCCAAGAAAUGAUUUUACAAUGCAAUGAGGGGUCAGCUUUCUUCUUCUACUGUGUCUUGGGCUACAUGGGUAUCUUGGCCAUUGCCAGCUUUAUUGUGGCUUUCUUUGCCCGUAAAUUACCUGACAGAUUUAAUGAAGCCAAGUUCAUCACCUUCAGCAUGUUGGCCUUUUGCAGUGUUUGGAUCUCCUUCUUUCCAGCCUAUCUGAGCACAAAAGGCAAAGCCAUGGUAGCUGUGGAGGUCUUCUCCAUCUUGUCCUCCAGCGCUGCAUUAAUGGGAUGCAUAUUCCUUCCAAAAUGCUACAUCAUUGUUUUGCGUCCUGACCUCAACCACCGGGAGCAACUCACAAAGAGAAAUUAG